AUGGCAGCGAAGAAGCAUGGUUGUCAUGGUUACCCUUCUGUUUACUCUCCGCGGUGGGGACCGAGAUACAAGCCCUUCUUCCCGUUCCAGGUGCUGCCCUCUCUGGGUUCAGCCUGUGAUCUGGACCUAUCCGUCAAGGAGAACAUGCUGGUGGAAGGCCGACUCAGAGUCACGCUCAUUGAAUGUAGCAGUCAGACGGAGGUGAUCAAGGGGGCGUGUGGCAGCGUGGGGAUGACGUUCAGACACGUCCCUGCCAGUGAGGGGGAUGCAGUGCACGUCAGCAUCGAGACAGUCACACCCAACUCCCCCGCAGCCCUGGCAGACCUGCAGAGGGGAGAUCGGCUCAUCGCCAUUGGAGGAGUCAAGGUGACAUCUUCAGUUCAAGUGCCCAAACUGUUGAGGCAGGCCGGAGAGAGGGUGGUGGUUCUUUAUGAGAGGCCCGUCCGUCACCAGGCUCACUCUUUUGGAAGCCUUGGAACUCUUCAGGAAGGGUUUGGGCAGCUAGAGGAAACAGGAUUUAUUCCUCAUCCGGGGGGGUAUGAAGAAGACCCAGCUCCCAUCACCACCCUCUCCGACAUAUCAGACAGCAAAGACAUGGACUCUGAGUUUGAAGAGUUGAUUGUGGACUCCAAACUUAGCCAGAAUGUUGGCCCUAACAGCAGCAUCACAAAUACCAGUGAUGCCAAGGAGGAGUCCUUACUCACCGUUAAUCAAAGCCCCAAAAGGACUGUGGCCAGCCUGGCCUCCAAGCCCCUCGGUUCCAUAUCCCCCAUACUCAACCGCAAGCUAAACCUGGUGGGUCUCCAGUCGCCACUAAAGCCCCAACCCAAAGAAUCUCCAAAGCCCUCUCCACAAAGGACCAAUAGUGAUCCUGUUGAAGGUCUGCAACGUCCCACUGUCCCUCCCCCACCUCCUCCUUCUCGCCCCCCAGUGCCGCCAAGACCUCAAAUAAGGUUGACGUCAGCCUCUUCAGAAACCAGUCAUUUGGAAGGCAUUGAUUCUGUUACAGCUACAAAUGCUGCUGUGGCUCCUACCGUGACUUCCAGCAGCAGCGCUUCUGAAAAAUCUCCAGAAAAAGCUCCUCUCACUGGAGCCAAUGAGGACAAAGCUGUCACUGAUAAGACCUGUGUCAAACAGGCUGAGGUGAAGCAGCCUACCAGACCAGCAGAGUCCACUGAUGAGCCGCUUGGCCCCCCCACUGUGACCAACAGCAGCAGAGCUGACCAGGCAAAGGACAGAGCUUCAGAAAGCUCCUGCAGCACACGGGACAGUCUGGAGGACCACUCCCUCUGGGAAUCCCCAGAAACCCUUAUCCGUCACCAGACCGCACGCUGGCCCAAAGCCUCUGUAGUGUUUGAGGUGGAGAACAACCAAAAGUACCUUAAUGUGGCCCUGUGGUGCAAAGAUCCCUUUAAGUUGGGCAGUUUAUUGUGCCUGGGUCACGUCAGCCUCCAGCUGGAGCAUGUUGCCCUGGAAUCUAUGGCCACAUCUUCAGCAGAGUACCAGAGCACUUUCAGGCUGGGGCCUCCGGAACCAAGGGCCAACGUCAGCCGCACGGCGCUGCGCAGUCUCAGCACCCACAAAGGCUUCAAUGAGAAGCUGUGUUACGGAGAUGUUACUCUGAACUUCUGUUACCUCGCCGAGGGGGAGCUAGACUAUCCAGGAGGGCUGAUAGAGAGGGAGCGAGAGGGCAGUCUGCAAGAUGAGGAUCUGAGAGAGAGGGAGCGGGAGCAGAUCCACACUGCGCAGAGGGAUGACCUGGCAUAUGGAGCCAUUCAGCUGGUGGAGGUUCGCCACAACUUCCAGGACACACAGUUCCAGAACCCGACCUGGUGUGAAUACUGCAAGAAGAAGGUUUGGACAAAGGCCGCCUCUCAGUGUAUGAUCUGCGCCUACGUAUGCCACAAGAAGUGCCAGGACAAGUGCCUCGCUGAAAACCCCCUCUGUGUGGCAGCCACUGAGCGCCGGGGAGCUGACCCUGAAGCCAAAUCCACCAUCAACCGGGCCACCACCGGCCUCACCCGCCAUAUCAUCAACACCAGCUCCCGCCUGCUGAACCUCCGCCAGGUGCCAAAAACUCGGCUGCUUGAGACGGUGGCUGACUUGGUGCCUGGGACAGUGGAGCCCUCACCCAAGCACACCCCAAACACUUCAGACAACGAAAGCAGCGACACUGAGACCUACACUAGUGGGGCCAGCCCCUCGAAGCAGCCUGUGUGCAGCGGGGGCAGCAGCAAACUCGUACGCAGGGAAGGCGGGCUGGAUGACAGCGUGUUCAUCGCUGUCAAGGAGAUAGGCCGCGACCUGUACCGGGGGCUGCCCACAGAAGAGCGCUCCCAGAAGCUGGAGCUGAUGCUGGACAAGCUGCAGCAGGAGAUCGAUCAGGAGCUGGAGCACAACAACGCUCUCCUGCUGGAGGAGAAGGAGGCCACAGAUUCCCGCCGCAAGGCCCUCAUCAGUACUGCCCUGGCUAAGUCUGGGGAGAGGCUCCAGGCCCUCACCCUGCUGAUGAUCCACUACCGGGCCGGCAUCGAGGACCUGGAGUCAGUGGAGAGCUCCUCCCCUUCAGAGCAGCAGGGCUUUAAAGCAAAGGGAGUGGGGCUGGAGGAGGAGGCCCUGCUGGGGACGGAGGUGUAUGACAGUGACAUAUGCAGCCCUGUGGAGGGGCAGCUGCUGGACAACAUCACUGAGGAGCAGAUCUGUGUUGAGGCUCUGCACUGAAGGACACAGAGAGGAAAAGAAGAGAAACAUGUGCUUUGGCAAGAGCACCUCAACAAAAUGUGUCUACUUUGUUUUUAGAGAUGGGGGAGUUUCAGCAGUCCAUUUAAAAAUAUAGGAUGUGUUGGGUCCAUUGUGUGAUUCACACAUUUUUUUUAUUUUAGUAUGAAAAAUGAAGGAUGGAAAUACCUCCCUAACAAGAAUUCAUAUAUUGAUGGUUUGAUUUGCACAACGUGAUGCCGUCUCCAUGCUCUUGGUUUUUAAAGGUAAGCUUCAGAGCUACAAUAUAACCCUUAUUCGUGCUGCAUGUGGAUCCUCCAGCUGGUUUUCUGUGGCUUCAAACUGUCAUGUAAUGCAUUGAAUUACUUUUGCUCCUUUGUCUGUAAGAGCUUUGAAAUAAGGACUUAAAAACAUGUGCACAUUUCUGUGGUCUACUCGUCUGAAUAAUUUGAAUGGAGAAGGAAUUAUUGUUACGUAAUUAUUUGUUUUACUGUGAGUAAAGAGCCCAUAUGAAGGUGAUAUAUUUGAGUCAAUAACAGUGUGAAUAUUACUGGGACAGCAGCAUUGGACAGCCAGCUCAGUGGAAAAGGUCAUUAGAGUCCAGACCCUGCAAGAGCUCACACAUAUCUUUGUUUUCAGCACUUUUUUUUACUGUAGCAUGAUUUUAGUAUCCACCGUCCUUGGAUUAAUUGUGAUAUUGUAUAUAGUUUGCUCUUUCUUUUGGUUUAUUUGUUUGUAUUGGUUUGGCCAGACAUGUUUUACUGAUCUAUAUUUCCCAUAUUCUUCUCUCCCCAUUGUGGGUGUAAAGAGGUUAAUUAAUACUUUUUUUUAAACCUCGUUUUGUCUUGCCAAGCUUCAUUAUGUUCAGCCCUGUCAACUAAAUGUUGACACAUUAAUAACUGAUCAAAACUUUGAUUGGGUUCAAUUUGAGGAAUACAUUUUUUGUAUUAUUUUCUCUAAAGGAAUGUUAUCCAGGAGCUUUCAUGAUAUGAACAUUCUCUUAACCAAUUUGUAUUUGUUGUGAAUGAAGAUGAUUUCCAUGCCUCGAUAAAUAAUGAUGUGAUAAAGUGCAGAUCCUUUGCCUUCAUGAGUUGUGUUCAUGCCCAAAUGAAUGUAUGUUCAGCCUUCUGUGUGUGUUGUGUGUGUUACAGCUGUUUGGCACUGCCUUCCCCAUUCCCUUGCUGAACAUCAAGCAUUAAUGUAGCAUGUUACAGUGACUCUAUCAGACGCAGCUCCAAAAUGCUUUGCUGUUCAUCUCCUACCCUUCAGAGAUUAGUAUUAUUAUUCACACUGGAAUAAAUAGUAAAAGGAGGUACCAUCUAACAGAAACUCUAAAACACUGAACAUUUUGGAUUCUAUGCUUUUGGUUUUUAUUCUGAAGAUUAUUUUGAUGUGACAUAUUCCCAAUACAAUACAGUUGAGUUUGUUGAAGAUAAGUCACUAAGAAUGAGUUUAAUGGCUUUCUAAAACUAUCAAAGCAGUCAGUGGUAUCAGUGUGUCAGAAUUGUGAGGCAAUAGACAGGGUUGCAUGGCCUGUUACCGGUACAUUUAGGACUAGGAUUACAGUUAUCUUAAAACAUUUUUAGAUAUUCUUGCAUGAAUUAAAAAAACAAGCUGAAAGAAGAUUUAACACUGAAAAUAUAAAAAGCCAUCACCCAAAGUGCAUUGAACACCAGCUGAGUGAGUCAGCAGAGGGCAGAUUUACUCUGACAGGAUUGGUCCACACUGAGGGACCUGGAGAAGUGAAGAGCCAGACUCCUGUUUGUGUCGCAGAUAUGUUGCUCCAGUAGAUAUUGGCUUGCUGGCUGCCAUACUUGUUUAUCUCUGUCACUCUCUGUAUAUCCAGAUUUUUUGUGCAAUAUUUUUGUAGAAAAUGAAGCUAAUGAUUCCCACGUGUGUGACUUCCUUCUCCUUUCUUUGAUUUCUGUGUCUAUCUGUCUGGUGUAGCUCCCUGAGGGUUUUUGUGGACCAGUGAAAAUGUGAGAAGCACUGCUUUGCUGCUGCUGCUGUUACUAUGUGCUCCUUCACAGAUCUCAUGAUCACAUGCUUCUGCGCCCACCCCAUGCCUAACCUUUGAAACUGCUCUUGAAAUAUGGCUGCCCAUCAUGGCUUUCAGUAGAUGGAGAUGGUGUUUGUUUCUCUCUGUGUGUGUGAGGGAUGUUGUAAACUGUUUUUGCAAAGGCUCAUGUGAUGAAGCUUUAUUGUACAUAACCUAAAUAAACAAGCUAAAAUGAUU